AUGCUAGAGUUUGUCAUCACCACUCCGCCGUCGCGCCGCAUUGUGUGCCGAAAUGAGGCGACGUACAUCUACUUUUGGCCCUACCUCUUCUCUCGCGAAGUCCCGGGUGCGCUGCAGUUGUGCCGGUGGGCUGCACGUCGUGGUGCAGCCGUGCACGGUGCUGUCCGCCUGCAGCCCAGUGAGACACCCAACGAAGCGCAUCGAUGCUAUCUGAAAGUAACACGCCCCGUCGCCGCAGGCCGCACGCUCAUUUCGCUUCCGGCAGCGCUUUCUCUGAGUGUCAGCUCUCCAGAGUCGCGCAAAGGCACCUUCAUCGGACGCUACAGCACCCUUGAGAGACUUGCACAGCUCCUCGCCCGUGAACUGCACAACUCGCGCAGCCCUCAUCGCGCCUAUCUCGAGUUUCUGCAUGACCUGCACAACUCGGGGACGGAAGAGGUAUCGGACACGCUUCUUGCCGGGCUCCACUACGAGCGUGCUGCGGUACUGGUUGAUCAACUGGAUGCCAUGUACGCCGGGAACUCGCUGCAGGCACGCGGGGCUGCCAACGCGCCGUUCCUGGAUAAGGAGCAGCUGACCUCUGCAAGUCAGCGCGUGGAGUGGGUGCGGCUGCAACAACUGCAGCGUCGCCUUGAGCAAGGCGUGCCCCACUUUGCCGCCAAAUCAACAGCCUGGGCGUUGUCUAUGGCGCUGAGUCGCGCAAUGGAGGACGACGCGGAGGGGCUCAGCCUUUAUCCGCUGAUCGACUUUUGCGCCCAUAGCUUUGAGCCAAACGCAUACGUCUGUGUAGGCGAAGACGAGCGCAUUGCACCCGUGCGGUCGGUGCGCUGGGCAGAUUCGAGCGGAGCGCCCCUCGUGCACGUCGUGACGCGACGUUUGCUGCGCGCAGGCGAAAAGGUUACCCUGCGGUGGCAUUGGCGGCCUGUCAAGACGACGGAGGAUGCAGAAUUUUGGCAGAUGCGCUUCGGCUACGUUCCGCAGUCAGUGUAG